UACGAGUACUGGUCCGUGUCCACUAGCCAGGCCAUGGCUAAGGUUGCACUACCGCCGCGGGCCGCAAACGCCGCCCACCGAUCAAUUGACCCCAGCCAGUCAUCCCGCAACUUGAUGUGCCCAUGCGCUUGUUCUCGAAUCACUUUAAAUCAUCGCAUCCUGGAAACGGGAAUACGGGGUUCUGAUCUUUCCUGUUAUCAUUCGAGACCAUUACAAACUCGUGCGCAUACACACGCACUCGCAUUAACACCACCUAUAAAAGAAAACCUUCCUUGGCAUUGACUUUUUUCCAUGUCGCCAAGCAACUCUAGCCCUACCAGACACCAUCUGGACUGGGAUGUUCUGAGCAAACAUCUGGUUCGAAUUGGAAUGAGUCGGCCAGGUGAGCCCUGGUCGUGGGCCCGAUGGUGGCCACCAAAGUCCUAUGGUCGGAAUCUUUGCGCCGCCCCACCACCUCCGUUUCCAGCUUGCCAUCGCCCUUGAGGAAACCGAGCGCACGCAACAUGCUGUCGCAGCCAGUCGGCGAGAAGACAACCGCCCAGAGCAUGCGGUAGCCCCUCACCCUGUCGAGCGUCUGGCGCAUCUCGUCUUCGAAGGAGUGCAUCACGCCCGUCCCGUACACAACCACCUCGUCGACUUGUAUGCGCCGGGUCGCCGCCAGUCUGCUAUCCAUCAACACCUUGGGGAUAAUGUCUCUCCUGACCUCGCCUGUGAGGAAUAGUAGUGGAGGCUUGGUGUCCCUUUCCUUGUACCACUCGCCGUAAUGAUCCAGUAUGAAUGGCGCAAGCGUUUCGCCAUUACCAGCGUGCUCCCCAUAGACGUUUAGAGCCGGCUCCUGCGGGAUGGCUUUCAGCGCGCGGGUCGUCGCCGGCCCAACGCUGUAGAUGGGGAUAUCCUGCAAAUUUGGCCAUUGCGCACCUCCAUUCCCUGUAUUCGCAUUGGUGAGCUUAAAAUAACUCUUGGAACAACGUCAGGGGAUCAUCCACCAGUACCUGCGCCCUCGGUGACCAGGUGGGCAAAGGCCUCGACCGCUCGCUGUGAGGAACCUGUGCUCAAGGACUGGUAUGAAAAUUGGCUCAAAGGCAUUGCCCUCAUAUGUCUGGGAGAAGAUCUCUUCAUAGGCAUCGACAGGGGUCGACUUUGUCUUGAGCAGUAAAACGGGAACCUUGUCGUAUGCCAUGUUUGGCUGAGAUAUAUCAAUCGAGAUCUAGUAACUCCUUAUUAUUUGGGGUUUCCUUUGAGAUCCUAGGUUUUAUACGGCGGCAGCAAAGCGAUGGCCAGACUUUCAACCGGUGUUUGUCUGCGGGGCACCAGUGCGGCUUUAUCGAUAACCACGAUGGUAGGUACCUGUCUACGCAAUUAUUCCCUACCCCUGUUCGUCUUAGAACUAUUAUGUCAAAAAAGGUCGCGCCAGUUGGAGCCAUUACCAAUCAACAAGCAUGCAAUGUUACACAUGCUACACCUCCCACCAGCUAUCCAAUGCCUUGACGAUUACGCCGUUGAUUUUACUCUCCAUCCUUUUCUUUCAGGUCGGAAGUCAUACCAUACCAGGAAUCUUAGCCGCACGAAAAGGGUCGCGCACAUACGGUUGAUGAGCAACGAUGGCCGGAGACUCAAGCGAACCAGAACCAAAAAGCCAGUCACAACAGUCUACGACUGCUGGUGCUGUCGAGUCGGGACCAGCAAACACCACAACACCCAUUAAGCUUGCCAACGGCGUGGUGUUGGGAAAGGAUGGCAAACCAUGCCGAACAUGCACUUCCAUGAAAGACUGGGCGGCGCAGAGCAAGUCUCUACUCAAAACGCCCGCAGCACAGGCCCGGCCGCCGCGCGACUGCCCGGCCGACGUAGAGACGCUGGGCCGCGGAACCUGGACGCUGCUGCACACUAUCGCAGCGCAGUACCCUGAGAGGCCGACGCAGACGGAACAGUCGGACCUGGCAGGCUUCAUGCGCCUCUUCUCCAAGCUGUACCCUUGCUGGGUGUGCGCCGACGACUUUAGGGAAUACAUCAAGCGGGACCCGGUGCGCGUUCGCACACGCGACGAGUUUGGCAACUGGCUGUGCAACGCGCACAACGACGUCAACAAGAAGCUGGGGAAGCCUGUAUUUGACUGUAAUUUGUGGGACCAGAGGUGGCGCACAGGGUGGAAGGAUGGGAGGUGCGAUUAGAAUUUUGGUUUUUGGCCGCACUGGUUUGGUCCUGCUGUACAAUAUUGUACUCAUACAAGCAUGCAUCGUCAUUAGCGGUUGGCGUGUACUAUAAGAAAGGGCGAGCAUAUGGGCUUAGACUGGCUGGCUACAUAAGAUCCAUGUUUGUACCUAUAUAAUGAACUGCCAAUACAGCUCUCAGAUGAUUCGCUUGCCCUGCCCCAG